GGGAGUGCGACACAACCACGUGACUCGGUUUCGGUGUGGGAUCGUCGUCCAGCGACUGUUAAAGCGUGGUGGAUCAAAGGCUGCUCUCACCGAUUUAAAUAACAUUAUUAUUUUAUACUUGGUCGAAGGGAGUGAGGCAGACGACUCGAUUCGAGAGGCGUAUAGGUGUCAAGAGAGGACGGGAGGAUCGUGGUUCAAUUUCUGCGCCAGCGCCGAUCGGCGUUUAUAACCUGAAAACGAGACGCUUCGACGCGGUCGCGAUCAAGUGGCGCCACCUACGUAGAGAAAAACUUGACGAUCGGUUUGACGGCUGAUAAAGAAACGCGCGUCGUUUUUUCACUCCUGCUUCGUGUUUCGAGGUUCGGUUUUUGACUCUUUUUAAAAUUGUUGCGUCGGCUGGUUUUUUGUUUUGGGAAUAUUUCGUGAACGAAGGAAAUGAGUGACGAUCUGCGCGCGCUUGCUUCGAGGGAACGAAACUCUUCGCAAACAACCAAAAACGAACAAAAGGCAGCGAGGCUAUCAAAAAUGGCGGCGAUCUCGUCGGAGAAAGGAUUCAAGCCGUUUUUAAGUGAUUUUGAUCCCGAAACUAGCGAACGUGAGAAGCGUAAAAUGAACCAAAGACUUAAUCUGAAAGAUAAGAAGCACGUUUUAUACGAUGAUAAAGGGAUUUUCGUUAGAACUGGAGAGGAUCUAUGCGACUGUUUGCAACGCGGCUGUCCCGGAUGUCAUUUCCCUUGUUCUAAAUGCAGAUCUAGGAAAUGCGCCCACGAAUGCAGAGUAAAUCGAAAAUGGGCGUACAAGUCAAUUUCUUACGAAGGAUCCGACAUCGUCAUCAGAAAUCAGUAUCUCAACGACGGAAAUGCUGAUCAUUAAAAUUUCCAACCACACCACGUGCAAAAGCUCAACAUACUCGACAUUCAGUUUUAAGCUAUUAAUUAUUAAUUGAAUCAAUGUUGCAUCGACAACCGCAGUUAUAUUUUAUUUCGCUUAAACAUUUUUCUUUUCUCGCUAAACUUGUACCUUUAUUCGUAAACUCUCACAUGUCUUUUAAACAUUUUUAAACUUCAUGCACGUGUAAAACGUUCUCGUUUUCGUAAUAUAUUAUCACUUUAUUACAUAACUGAUAAAUAUAUUUGAAAUAAA